AUGGAUACCUUCGCAAGAUUUUGCUCAAGAGGCUCAGCCUUUAAAUUCGAUACCAUCUUUAACACGGCGCCAAUCACAGAAGCGCAAAAAUACCACAUGACCAAGGUCUACAACACGCUGGCAUACACAGGACUGGUCACGUUCCUAACAGUGGCAAUCAAUGGACCUUGGAGGCACAUCAACCCACUCGUAGCGUCACUGCUGCUGAUACUGUCACUCGUGUACAUCGCGUUCACGAAAUACAACAAAGACGAGCUUAACCUGAAGAGGAUGGCAGCACUCACAGUAUUCCCAAUGACCAUAGGAAUCAUACACAAAAACUUCAUAGCGCAAGUGGUGGCGUUGAAGCCAGGUAAGGAGGUUAAAAGAAAAAGAUGUGCAGAGCUGGUGAACACGGCGCUGAUGGCGACAGUGGGAAUCUUCACGUCAUUCUCGCUGGCGGCGCUGUACAUGAGCAGUCGCCUGACAAUGUACGUCACGUCGACGCUGGCCUCAAUAGCGGUGUACGUGGCCCUGGCAAGCUUCGCGAACAUGUUCGUGGCCUCGGAGAUGGCGCACGGAGUGAUCCUGUCGUUGGGAGUGGUGAUCUUCAUAGGGUACAUUGUUAUUGAUACACAGAGAAUACUGGAGGACUUCAGCGACGGAGACGAAGAUUACAUGAUGCACGCAAUCCUGCUCUACUACGACCUGUUUGAACUAUUCUUCAGAAUAUUGAUCAUGCUGAAGAACAAGGAGGACAGAAAGGAGAGAGAACAAAAAAAUAAGCACAAGGACAAGUAG